AUGCGCAGACAUCACGCGGAAACCGGCAUCACCGAUGAGGCCGCCAUCGAGGGCCACGACCUCAUCCACAACGCCGAGUUGGAGGAGGAGAGGCUCGAGGAAGAAAGGGCACGCACACGCUCCCCGUCUCUAUGCCGGCCGUGCACGACACACGAUUCGAACGUCUCGCACGACAGUUCGCAUCACGCCGACGUCUUGGCCGACAAGCCUGCCAAGAAGGAGUCGACCAUGGACAAGGUCAAAGAGGCUCUGCACAUGAAGAAGUAA